AUGUGUAUUGCCCAUCAUAAUCCAUCUGUUCAAGUGACAGCUGAUCAUAGAAUUGAAAUUAAACAGAAUGAAGUCCCUGAAUUGAAACCUGGUGAAGUUUUAAUUCAUCCAAGAGUUACAGGUAUUUGUGGUAGUGAUAUUCAUCUAUGGAAACAUGGUCAAAUUGGUGAUUUGAAAGUAUUAGAUAACUUGGUUUUAGGUCAUGAAGCUGCUGGUGAAAUUAUUGGUGUUGGUGAUGAAGUCAAAAAUGUUGCAAUUGGUGAUCGUGUUGCAAUUGAACCUGGUAUCCCUUGUAAUGCUUGCUUUUUAUGUCGUCAAGGUGAUUAUAAUCUAUGUCAAGAUGUUAAAUUUAUUGGAAUGUACCCACAUGCUGGUUCUAUGCAAAGAUAUUUGGUUCAUGAUGCAAGAUAUGUCUAUAAGUUACCAGAUAACAUGACUUAUGCUCAAGGUGCUUUGGUUGAACCAGUUUCUGUUGGUUAUCAUGGUGUGGAAAGAGCAAACUUAAUCUUAGGUCAUGGUGUUAUGAUUGCAGGUGCUGGACCAAUUGGUUUAGUUACAUUGUUAUUAGUUAAAGCUGCAGGAUGUACACCAAUUGUUAUUACUGAUUUAAGUGAAGGUAGAUUAGCUUUCGCUAAAAAAUUAGUUCCAGAUGUCAUUACUUACAAGAUUGAUCCAAAAUUAAGUCCUCAAGAAAAUGGUGCUCAAAUUAGAAAAAUAUUUGGUGAUACUGAAUUGGAAGCUCCUUCAAGAAUUUUGGAAUGUACAGGUGUUGAAACAAGUAUAAUUACUUGUGCCUAUGUUGUCAGAAGAUCUGGGUUAUUGAUGAUUAUUGGUGUUGGUAAAGAUACAUUUAAUAACUUCCCAUUCAUGCAAUUAUCUUUUGCUGAAAUUGACUUAAAAUUUAGUAACAGAUAUCAUGAUACCUGGCCAACAGUAAUCAACAUGAUUUCAAAUGGUAUAAUCAAUGUUGAUGAUUUAGUCACUCAUAGAUUUGAAUUGGAAAAAGCAGAUGAGGCAAUUGCCUUAGCAAGUGAUCCACGUAAAGGUAGUAUUAAAGUUUUAAUUGAAGAUAUGCAAUCCAAAUUGUGA